AGCUAUUCACAAUUAACAUGAAAUUAAAAGCACCAUGUAGUUGUGACCCAAAAGGAAUGCAAAUUCUUCUCCAGGACACGAACAGACCCACAGAUGGACUGUGUUUCUAGAUUCUUGCUCCAGCUUUCAUGAGAGUAAGUUAACCUCAGAUUGUGGUUGUUUGGCGUAUGGAGAUAUAACAUGAGAGAGAAUGCCAAAUAUUUGGGUGGAAACCUUUAAAAGCAAUACACAGGUCAAAAUGAGUAGGAGAAACAUAAGCGUGGGUCGGCAAACAUGGGCCCUUCUCUGCAAGAAUUUUCUUAAAAAGUGGAGGAUGAAAAGAGAGAUCUUGUUGGAAUGGAUUUUCUCAUUUCUUCUACUCUUUGCAUACCUAUCGUCCUCCAAUUUGCAUCAAGUUAAUGACUUCUCUCACAUGCCUGCAAUGGAUCUGGGACGUGUAGAUAAUUUUAAUGAUUCUGAUUAUGUUAUUGCAUUUGCACCCGAAUCCAAAACAACCCAAGAGAUAAUGAACAAAGUGGCUUCAGCUCCAUUCAUGAAAGGAAGAACAAUCAUGGGGUUGCCUAAUGAAGAAAGCAUGGAUGAAUUGGAUUUGAACUAUUCUAUUGAUGCAGUGAGAGUCAUCUUUAAUGACACUUUCUCAUAUCAUCUGAAAUUUUCUUGGGGACUUAGAAUCCCCAAGAUGAACGAUCACAGAGACCAUUCAGCUCAUUGUCAUCCAAUGGAUAAAAAAAUCACAUGUGAAGUUUCAAAGUUCUGGGAAAAAGGUUUUGUAGCUUUUCAAGCUGCCAUUAAUGCCGCUAUUAUAGAAAUCACAACAAAUCAUUCAGUGAUGGAACAGCUGAUGUCAGUUACUGGAAUAAAUAUGAAGAUAUUACCUUUUGUUGCUCAAAGAGGAGUUACAACUGAUUUUUUCAUUUUCUUCUGCAUUAUUUCUUUUUCUGCAUUCAUAUACUAUCUGUCAAUCAAUGUUACACGAGAAAGACAACACAUUAAGGCCUGGAUGAGAAUGAUGGGACUUCGAGAGUCAGCCUUCUGGCUCUCCUGGGGUUUGAUGUAUGCUGGCUUCAUCUUUAUUGUGGCCACUUUAAUGACUAUUAUUGUAAAAUCUACCCAAGUUGUCAUCUUCACUGGCUUCAUGGUGAUCUUCACUCUCUUUUUCUUCUAUGGCCUGUCUUUGGUAACUUUAGCUUUCCUGAUGAGUGUGUUGAUAAAGAAACCUUUCCUUACUGGCUUGGUCGUCUUUCUCCUUAUUGUCUUUUGGGGGAGUCUGGGAUUCGCUGCAUUGUACAGACAUCUUCCUGCAUUUUUGGAAUGGACCUUGUGUCUCCUCAGCCCCUUUGCCUUCACUGCUGGAGUGGCCCAGCUUAUACAUUUGGACUAUGACAUGAAUUCUAACAUCCUUGUAGACUCUUCAAAGAAUCCAUACCUAAUAAUCGCAACUCUUUUCAUGUUGGUGUUUGAUGCCCUUCUCUAUUUGGUAUUGACAUUAUAUUUUGACCGAAUUUUGCCCACUGAAUAUGGACAUCAGCGUUCUCCCUGGUUUUUCCUGAAGUCCUCUUUUUGGUUUCAACACCAAGAUCAUGUGGCCCUUGAGAAUGAAAUAGAUUCUGAGCCUUCACUGAAUGACUCUUUUGAACCAAUGUCUCCAGAAUUCCAUGGGAAAGAAGCCAUCAGAAUCAAAAAUCUUAAAAUGGAAUAUAAAGGAAAGCAUGAAAAAGUGGAAGCGCUGAAAGGUCUGGUAUUUGACAUAUAUGAGGGACAGAUCACUGCCCUCCUUGGUCACAGUGGAGCUGGAAAAACCACGCUGUUAAACAUCCUCAGCGGGCUGUCAGUCCCAACGUCAGGUUCCGUCACCAUCUAUAAUCACACACUUUCAGAAAUGGCUGGCCAAGAUAAUAUCAGCAGACUCACAGGAGUCUGUCCACAAUCCAAUGUGCAAUUUGGCUUUCUCACUGUGAGAGAAAAUCUCAGGCUGUUUGCAAAAAUAAGGGGGAUUAUGCCACAAGAAGUGGAGCAGGAGGUACAACGAGUUUUACUGGACUUAGAAAUGGAAAAUAUUCAAGACAUCCUUGCUCAAAAUUUAAGUGGUGGACAAAAAAGGAAACUAACCUUUGGGAUUGCCAUUUUAGGAGAUCCUCAGGUUUUGCUAUUGGAUGAACCAACUGCUGGAUUAGAUCCCUUUUCACGACACAAAGUAUGGAACCUUCUGAAAGAGAGAAAAUCAGAUCGAGUAAUUCUCUUCAGUACCCAGUUCAUGGAUGAAGCUGACAUCCUGGCUGAUAGGAAGGUGUUUAUAUCAAGUGGGAAGCUGAAGUGUGCAGGUUCCUCUCUAUUCCUAAAGAAGAAAUGGGGCAUCGGCUACCACUUAAGUUUGCACCUGAAUGAUAUGUGUGAUCCAGAGAGCAUAACGUCACUCAUUAAACAGCAUAUCCCUGAUGCCAAAUUAACAGUUCAAAGUGAAGGAAAUCUCGUAUAUAUUUUGCCUUUGGAAAGGACAAACAAAUUUCCAGACCUUUACAGGGAUCUUGAUAGAUGUUCUAACCAGGGCAUUGAGAAUUAUGGUGUUUCCAUGACAACUUUGAAUGAGGUGUUCCUGAAGCUAGAAGGAAAAUCAGCUCUUGAUGAAUCAGAUAUUGGAAUUUGGGGACAGUUACAAAAUGAUGGAGCAAAAGACAUGGGUCGCCUUGUUGAGCUGGAACAGGUUUUGUCUUCCCUGGAUGAAACAAGGACAGCAGUGAGCAGCAUGGCUCUUUGGAGGCUGCAGUUGAGUGCAAUAGCAAAAGUUCGCUACCUAAAGUUAAAGAAGGAAAGAAAGAGCCUGAUGGCAGUGUUGUUGCUUUUUGGAAUUAGCUUUCUCCCUCAUCUUCUGGAACAUCUAUUCUUUGAAUUGUAUUCAAGAAGUUAUUCUUGGGGACUGUCUCCUAAUAUGUACUUUCUCUCACUGGGACAACAACCACAAGAUCCUCUGACCCCCUUAUUGAUCAUCAAUAAAACAGGGUCAAGUGUUGAUAACUUUAUACAUUCAUUGAAGAGGCAGAAUAUAACUUUGGAAGUGGAUGCCUUUGGAACUAGAAAUGGUACAGAUGACCCAUCAUACAAUGGUGCUAUUAUUGUGUCUGGUGAUGAAAAGGAUUACAGAUUUUCAAUAGCAUGUAAUACCAAAAGGCUGAAUUGCUUUCCUGUCCUCAUGGAUAUCAUUAGUAAUGGGCUACUUGGAGUUUUUAAUUCCUCAGGACACAUUCAGACUGACAGAAGCACAUAUUUUGAAGAGCACAUGUCUUAUGAAUAUGGGUACCUGAGUAACGCCUUCUUCUGGAUACCAGUGGCAGCCUGUUUUACUCCUUACAUUGCGAUGAGCAGUAUCGGAGACUACAAAAAAAAAAUUCACUCCCAGCUACAGAUUUCAGGCCUCUACCCUUCUGCUUACUGGUUUGGGCAGGCGCUGGUGGAUGGUCCUCUGUAUUUCUCGAUCCUCCUUGUAAUGCAAAUAAUGGACUACAUUUUUAGCCCAGAUGAGAUUGUAUUUAUAAUUCAAAACCUGUUAGUUCAGAUCUUGUGUAGCAUUGGAUAUGUUUUAUCUCUUGUUUUCUUGACAUAUGUGAUUUCAUUCAUCUUUCGCAAUGGGAGAAAAAACAGUGGAAUCUGGUCAUUUUUCUUCUUAAUUAUAACCAUCUUCUCAAUAGUUGCUAUUGACCUAAAUCAAUAUGGAUUUCUAGCUCUAUUUUUCUGCACCUUAUUAAUACCACCCUUCACAUUGAUUGGUUCUCUUUUCAUCUAUUCUGAGAUUUCUCCUGACUCCAUGGAUUAUUUAGGAACUGCAGAACCUGAAAUUGUUUAUCUGGCAUUGCUAAUACCUUACCUUCAGUUUCUCAUUUUCCUUUUUGUUCUACGAUGUCUGGAAAUGAACUUUAGGAUGAAAUCAAUGAGAAAGGAUCCUGUGUUCAGAAUUUCUCCAAGAAGCAGUAAUAUUUUUCCAAACCCAGAGCAACCAGAAGGAGAGGAUGAAGAUGUUCAGAUGGAAAGAGUAAGAACAGCUAAUGCAGUGACCACCCCUGACUUUGAUGAGAAACCAGUAAUCGUUGCCAGCUGUCUACGGAAGGAAUAUGCAGGCAAAAAGAAAAACUGUUUUUCUAAGAGAAGGAAAAAAAUAGCCACAAGAAAUGUCACUUUCUGUGUGAAAAAAGGUGAAGUUAUAGGACUGCUAGGACAGAAUGGAGCUGGUAAAAGUACAAUUAUUAAGAUGAUAACUGGAGACACAAAACCAACUGCUGGGCAGGUGCUACUAAAAGGGAGCAGCAGCGGGGACACCCUGGGGUUCCUGGGGUACUGUCCGCAGGAGAACGCGCUGUGGCCCGGCCUGAUGGUGCGGGAGCACCUAGAGGUGUUCGCCGCAGUGAAGGGGCUAAGGAGAGGAGCCGCCGAGGCCGCCAUCACUCGGUUAGUCGAGGCUCUCAAGCUGCAGGAGCAUCUGAAGGUCCCCGCGAAGGCCUUACCCGAGGGGAUAAAGAGGAAGCUGUGCUUCGUGCUGAGCAUCCUGGGCGGCCCCGCGGUGGUGCUUCUGGAUGAGCCGUCGACGGGCAUGGACCCCGAGGGGCAGCAGCAGAUGUGGCAGGCGAUCCGGGCCGCCGUCGGGAGCACGGAGAGGGGCGUCCUCCUGACCACCCACUACAUGGCGGAGGCCGAGGCCGUGUGCGACCGCGUGGCCAUCGUGGUGUCAGGAAGGCUGAGAUGCAUGGGUUCCAUCCAACACCUGAAAAGCAAAUUUGGCAAAGAUUAUCUGCUGGAGAUGAAGGUGAAGACCCCGGAACGAGGGGAGCUCCUCCACGCUGAGAUUCUGAGGCUUUUCCCCCAGGCCGCUCGGCAGGGGAGGUACUCCUCCCUGAUGGUCUAUAAGUUGCCUGUAGAGGACGUGAGACCUUUAUCACAGGCGUUCUUCAAAUUAGAGAGAGUUAAACAGAGCUUCAACCUGGAGGAGUACAGCCUCUCUCAGACGACCCUGGAGCAGGUUUUCCUGGAACUCUCCAAGGAGCAGGAGCUAGAAGGUUUUGAGGAGGAACUCAGUCCCUCAGUGAAGUGGAGGCUUCUCCCUCAGGAAGAGAAUUAAAGCCCCAAAUGCUGCUUAAA